GCUCCGUCAGUUCCUUUUCGUCCUUUGAGUGGUCACGUCCGACGUCGGAGCGAAAGCGCGCGAGCGUCUUCAAUACGAAGGAAAACACGUUGAAAAGUUUGUGAAUUUGUUUUUGAUUGGUGGUGGCAUUUCAAUAAUACUCUAAUUGGGGAUUUACUUGUUAGAUAAGUGAUGGUUAAGUUGUGAUGUGUCUGAUUGCGACUGGUUAAAAGAGAAUAUGGAUACCACUUCCGUGAUCGAAGGCACCGUCAAGUUUCGCGAUGGGAAGAAGUGGAAAUCGAGGUGGUGCGUUAUGACCAAGCUAUCCCCGGUUGCAGAUUGCCUCUAUCUGCAGCUCUAUCGGGAUUCCAAGGACAGAUACAAGCAGGGCCACACGAAGGCGUCGCUCUCCCUCCAACACUUCCUCGGCCUCGAGACUGGCUUCACGUUGGAUAAGGAGUCGAACACUGUGGCCAUCCUUUGCGAGGAUGUUGUCGUCGUUUUGGCUUUCGACAACAGGGAGAGGUUGAUGCAAUGGCAGAUCAAAUUGAGCACGCAUUUGGGGGAUGGACCGCAGUACCUGGUGCUGCUCCAGUCGGCGCCACCGAAGGCUCGCGUCCAGCCCGGCCCUGCUAGGUUGCACGUCCAGGAGAAGGGCUUCUGCUUAAGCACAGGGGUACCGCCACGUAUGGCCGGUCACUGGCUCAUCUCCAAUCUAAGGCGGUACGGCGUCGUGGACGGAAAGUUCUGCUUCGAGGGAGGCUCCAGGUGCGGUAAAGGCGAAGGCGUUCACGUGCUCGUCACCGAUCAAGGAGACGAUAUCACAAGCACUCUUAAAUUGGCCGCUGCAGGCAUGCUGCACACUUCCAGAAGAAGGCCAGUCUCUAGGAAUAUGUCAGUGAUGGACAGCCCACGUCGGCCACCUUUGAAGGCGGAAUUGAGGAAUCCGGAUAUCGCAGAUCCGUCCAUGUUAUCGCGGGUCGAUUCGCCGUACACGGAUCUAGAUAGUAACUACGGUUGCGGUGAUGUGGGGUCGACGGAUGGAUGGAACGGUCCGCCCAUUGAGAGGUGCAUGAGCUGCAUCAGCAAAUUGGGGGCGAUGUCGAGGUCUUCGACGGCCACGAUAACGCCGAGCAUUCCGCCCUGUUGGGAGCACACCUGCGACAGGCAUUCGAUCAGCAGUGGAUCCGACAGCUCUGGCUGGAGCCAGACCGUCACCAAGCCUCCGGCGAGACCUCCGAAGCCUAUGUCUCCAGGCAAGAAACCGGCGAUGCCGCUGCCGGUACACUACGACAACUACGACAUCCCGAAUUUCCCUUAUCCCGUUGAAGCGAAGACUGAUGAACACUACGAUACGCCGCGGAAGAUCAAGGAGUGUCUCGCAGAAACCGUUCGGAAGCCAUGCGGUUGCGUGCUGAAGAUACGACAGCCCGAGCCGGAACGAAACUGCUAUUGCCAAAGAUUCCUGUCCUGUUGGGGACAGACUGACGACGUGAACGCGCUCUACGCCCAGGUCGACCUCACCAAGAAAUAUAACAGGAACCCCAAUUAUGCCAACAUCCCGGUGCAGGCGGCUCCACCGGCCAACAACUACGAGAACAUGGACUUUGCUCAGUCGCUCAAGCUGUACGAGAACGCCAAGCAAGUUGUUCAAAAGGCCAACAAUCUCUGCACCAAGUGCGGUCACGCUCAAGAGGAUUACCUCAUGAUGGAGCCGGCCACGCAGCAGCCUCAUCCCGGCUACCUUCCGAUGUCUCCCGCUGUUAAGCAACGACUGGGCAAGCUGCUCUCCAACUCCAAUCCCAACUUGACGAAGCCGAGCGGCUCGGCGAUGCUCCAGGGCCAGACAAACCUCUACCAAAGAAAGCAGUUCCUCGACAACACAGACAACAUCGAACGGCGGAAGCGCUCCAACUCGGCAGAUUCGAGCCGCGCCGAAGAAUCGGAAACCGCCCCCGUAGAAUGCACCUGUCAGGCGGUCAGGAGAUCCUCCUCGGUUCCCAGCAAAUCUAACCGCGAUUCCUCCAGUUCCAACGAUUCCGGCGUGUUCGAGCUGCCGCGCAAAUCCAUUCUACCGUCCGCCACACUGCCAAGAAGGUCUAAGUCCUCAGAUCCGCUAAAGGACAUCAGCUUCAACUUCCAGAAGGGCGAACAGAAGAGCGCCAGCGCUGAGGCGGAGGUGCCCGUCUGUCCCUCCGGUUCCACGUCGAGCGGCACCUCCGACAUGUCGGAUUACUUCGAGACGCUCUCCUUGUCCUCGCACAGUUCCUCCGACGCGCCGCCGCCGCCAUCCUGCACCCUCAGACCCAGAUCGGGCAAUGAGUAUCUGAGCCUCCAGCGGCUCAUCGCUCCCGUUCCAGAGGAGCGCAUCAACUAGUCCUUUUCCUAUAGCAAUAUACACUUCUUCCUCGAUCAUCCAGCCCUCACCUGUCCCUAAAUCCCAUCCUUCUUUAUCGACCUUCCCAGUCCUUGAUGAAAACAAAAAAUAAAAUAUUAUUAAAUAUACAAGAAUAAAACGAAAAUAUCGAUUACAUAA